AUGAAAUCAAAGUACCUCCAGCUCGUAAACAUCGUUUUAGUCUUGCAUCUUUCACAUGGCUGGAACUCGAGAGUUCCAACCAGGGUUGAGAGAUCGCCACACAUCGCAUUGUCAGCAAGAGACGACAACAACCACCUUGAGCCGAUAAACACAUCAAGGCGGAAAUGGCUUGGAGGCGCGCUGUCAUUUGUUGGUGGGAGUAUGCUAUGUCCUAUACUAUGUCCAGUUCUUCCUUCGAAUGCCGCCGAAGCUGUGAAAACUGGUUCCGUCUGUGACGCAAGUGUCUCGGUGUUCCAGAAAGGUGGAAGAGUUGUAUAUUUGUUGGGAACAGCCCAUGUGUCAUCGUCUUCAGCUGAGUUGGCUGGAAAGCUGGUAGUAGAUACCCAACCAAAAGGAGUCUUUGUUGAGCUAGAUCCCAAACGAGUAAAAGGCUCUGGAAUUCUGGCGAGGCGUGUCUCUAUCGACGAGACAACUGGUCAAGAAGUUGAGGUGCCAUCAUCCAAAGUGAUUGUACCAAAUAUCCAGAUGCUGACCAGUACUUCGCAACCUUCGGCGGCAGGAGAGGAUGCCCCUUCUAGACCAGUUUCAGUUGCACCAAUUUCAAAGCCAAGCCCAAUGAUGCAGGCCGCAGGUGCUGCAGUUGGGAACUCCAUUAAGGGAAUGUACAAGAAGCUUGACUCGGCUGGAUUUAACGCUGGGGAGGAGUUCGUCAUUGCGAUUCGAGAAGGCCAAAAGAUUGGGGCCGAUAUUGUGUUAGGUGAUAGAGAUGUGGAAGUUACGCUUCAGCGAGUGGCGGAAGCACUUUCCAAAACUGACAUAAACACAUUGUUAAAACCAGACUCUGAGCUGGAACAAUCUUUGAAGGAACUUGUCCCCAACAACGUAGCUGCAAACAAAGAUGGUGACUUGAGUGAUGCACAAUAUCGACAAGAUUUCUCAGACUUUGUCGAGACUGUGAAACAGAAGGACAAGGUGAGGCAAAUCAUGGGUCAGCUGAAGAGAGUGGCUCCAGAAAUCCAUACGGCCCUUUUGACAGAACGAGACGCAUACAUGGCUGCUGGAUUGAAUGGCUUGGAUGAAAUUGAAAGCAUUGUUGCUGUGGUUGGCAUUGCGCAUGUGGAUGGAAUUGAGCAAAGCUUGGCAAUGAAUGGUUGGAAGCCAGCUAGUUUACGCUGUCCAGCCAUCUAA